ACAAUGGCGUUCAAAGUGCAUUUACUUGCCUUCUUACUUUUCAGUUAAAAACCCAUUGAAAAAUGCCGUUAAAAGGCAUUAAAGUGCUGGAAUUCGUGGGUUUAGCUCCGGGACCAUUAUGUGGCAAGAUCCUGAACGAUUUUGGGGCCACCGUCACCCGAAUCGAUAAGGUUCUUGAUAAUCCAUUGGACGUACUGCAGCAGGGAAAACGCACAAUAAGCGUGGAUCUGAAGAAUAUAAAGGGUCAGCAAUUGGUGCGCCGGUUGGCCCAUAAAUGCGAUAUCCUCAUCGAGCCUUUUAGACCGGGAGUUAUGGAGAAACUUAAUUUGGGUCCUUUUGAGUUAUGUAAAGCGAAUCCCCGCCUGAUUUACGCCCGUCUCACGGGAUUUGGCCAGAACGGAAGAUUGGCACCACGGGCGGGUCAUGAUAUCAACUAUGCCGCCAUAUCGGGAGUGCUUUCCAUGUUGGGCAGGCGUGAUGAGAAGGCCACUCCACCCAUUAACCUACUGGCAGAUUUCGCGGGCGGCAGUGUGAUGUGCUCCCUGGGCAUUUGUCUCGCCCUCUUGGAGCGCCACAAUUCCGGAAGGGGUCAAGUGGUAGAUGCCUCCAUGGUGGAAGGAGCUGCUUAUGUGGCCAGUUGGCUUUUUAUGUCCCGGAAUCUAGAAAUAUGGGGACGAGAGCGGGGUGACAACCUCAUCGAUGGUGGGUCAUAUUUCUAUGAUACCUACAAAACCAAAGACGGUCUCUACAUGUCAGUCGGCGCCCUAGAACCGCAGUUCUUUGAGCUUCUGAGACAGCGUUUGCAACUCCCAGAUGAUCUCUCCCAAUUUGGUGAGGAGCAUCAGGAUCGUGGAAGGAGGCUUCUCACAGAAGCCUUUUUAACCAAAACCCAAGCGGAAUGGUCACAGAUCUUUGAGGAUGUGGACUCUUGUGUCUAUCCCGUGCUGGACUACCGGGAGGUUCAUAAGCACGACCACAAUAAGGAGAGGGAAUCAUUUGAGGUUAUUCAGGGAACGCCUGUUCCACGUCCAGCUCCACUUCUAAGUAGAACUCCUGGAAAGUUGCCCAAGGCAACUGAUAAUAAGCAGCUGGGCAGCCUAAUCGAAGAACUGGACCUUAAGCCCCAGGAAUUAAAAGACUUACUAGACUCGGGAGUACUAACACUUCCGGAGAAGGCCAAACUUUAAAAGAUGUAUCCUCACAUUAAAUAAAACACAUUGAUUUUUGUUGCUCUUGCA